UUUAACCCGGGCUGCGCUGCUGACACAUUCAGUCGACAUGCUUCUGCUGUUGUGUUUUGUCCUUUCGGGCGCAGUGGCCGCCGGUUCAGCGGGAAAGGUUCACGGCGAGAGGCCUCGCUGUUACCGGCCUCUCCCUCAUCAACCGGACUGGGGAGUCAAAACUGCACCUCGGCCGCACGAGCUCCUCAACCUUGUCCAGCUGCCGAAGACUUGGGACUGGAGAAAUGUGAAUGGUGUCAACUAUGUCAGUGCUACCCGCAACCAGCACAUUCCCCAGUACUGCGGGUCCUGCUGGGCCCACGGCACCACCAGUGCCAUGGCAGAUCGCAUAAACAUCAAACGGCGCGCCGCAUGGCCUUCAGCCUAUCUGUCGGUCCAGCACGUGCUGGAUUGCGCCGACUCUGGCACGUGUCACGGCGGCGACCACGGCGGCGUGUGGGAGUACGCUCACAAGAAAGGAAUCCCCGACGAAACCUGCAACAACUACCAGGCCAUCGAUCAAAAAUGCCACCCCUUCAACGCAUGCGGCACGUGCGUGACAUUUGGUCAGUGCGACAAAGUGGCAAACUACACUCUUUGGAAAGUUGGCGACUACGGUGCCAUCUCAGGGCGGGACGACAUGAUGGCGGAAAUCUACACGAGAGGACCAAUCAGCUGCGCAAUCAUGGCCACCGAGAAUCUAGACGUGUACUCGGGUGGGUUGUACAUGGAGUACGUCAAGGAUCCCGAGAUCAACCACAUCGUGUCGGUGGCCGGCUGGGGGGUUGAAAACGGCACGGAGUACUGGAUCGUACGCAACUCCUGGGGCGAGCCUUGGGGUGAGAGCGGCUGGCUGAGGAUCGUCACCAGUGCUUACAAAGGGGGUAGCGGAUCUCUCUACAACCUGGCUUUGGAGGAAGACUGCAUGUAUGGGGAUGUCAUUGUACCAAUGAAAUAUUAGCACAUUUUAGUCUUGUAUUUGUCAGUCAUUGAAAAUAAAAUGGUGACAACUUUUGGCUUUAA